AUGAUCACCCGUGAGGUACACAACUCCGCAACGACAAUGACGGACGUAGAAAAUGCGCUGUCUGUAGCAGGACGCGGAGAGCUGAGGCGCGCCCUGGCAGCUACAACAGACCCAUACAUCAACGCAAUUCCAAAAGUCGAACUUCAAAUCCAUAUCGAGGGAAUCAUAAGUGCAGAUCUCAAAUGGAGAUUCUCGCAACGCAACGGUCAAGCAAUUCCCAACCCUCGGACUGGUCAACCCUUUUCUUCACUCGAUGAACUGCGAGACUCCCAUGACACAUUAAAGCCGCGUACUGGGAACCGCAUGGACAACAGUGAAGAGACGCUGUCCUUCUUCGAGGCCUAUUACGGUGGCUUUGAGGUGCUCAAAACACAGGAGGAUUACUUUGAUCUUGCUAUGAAUUACUACGAACAUGCUGCGGCAAUGAAUGUGCGAUAUGCUGAGAUCUUUUUUGAUCCACAGGGACAUACGCGGGUUGGGACGAGUUGGGAGACGAUGAUGGAGGGUUUUCGAAGAGCGCAGCGGAAAGCUGAGGAGGCUCUCAACGUGAAAUCAGCUUGGAUCAUGUGCUUCCUUCGAGACGAGUCACCAGAGUCCGCAAGGGAGCAUUAUGAGGCAGCACUAAAAUACCGCGACAUGAUAGUGGGGAUUGGCCUUGAUUCGAACGAAGUCAACAGACCGCCAUCGCUGUUUGAUGAAAUCUUCGUCAGAGCAAGGAAUGAUGGCUUUCGUCUUACAGCGCACUGUGACGUUGGCAAAUCUUAUCCUCUCGAGCACAUUCAUCAGGUCGCAUCGAGCAUCGCGGACACAGGUGCGGACAGAAUCGACCACGGACUGAACGCUGCUGGCGACGCCAAUCUGAUGAAUUUGAUCAAGGAGAAAAACCUCGGAAUGACAAUCUGCCCCUGGUCGUACAUUCGCCACCAACCACUGGACGAAGUGUUCCAACGUAUUCGAGCUCUCUUCGACGUCGGCAUCAUGAUAGCUGUUGCGAGCGACGAUCCGGCGUUUAUGGAGGAUACGUGGGUGCUGGAAAACUUGCUCGUGGUGAGGAAAUACUGCGGGUUCACGAAUUUCGAGAUACAGAGGCUGGCAGAGAAUGCUAUCAAGAUGUGCUGGGCUUCUGAAGAUGCGAAAAGGCACAUGUUGCGGGAGCUGUACGAUAUCGACCCAGGAACAUAG